AUGCACGACCCGAACGCAUUCAUGAAGCAGCUCACGUUCUCGUGGGAGCUCAUGCUGAGCAAGUCCGUUCACCAAUACGAGCCCGAGUCGCAGGGUGACAUUCUACAGCGCGCCGCGAAGUCGUAUGAUAACGGUACUCUUGUCAGCCUUCAGAGUGAACGGUCGGUGCUUAGUGUUGAGAACUUGAUCAAGGCUCACGAGAAGCUGGAGAGUGGGAAGACAAUUGGGAAGAUUGGGUUGGAGAUACAGGAUGAUAUACAGUAG